AUGAAAGGUAGUGGUGGAUGUGGAGGUUUUGGAGGAGGUGGUGGUUGUGGUGGUGGUGGUGGAGGUGGAGGUGAAGGUGGAGGACGUAGUGGUGGAGGUGAAGGUGGAGGACGUAGUGGUGGAGGUGGAGGUGAAGGUGGCGGUGGCAGUGAAGGUGGAGGAGGUGGAGGUGGUGGUGGCGGUGGCGGUGGUGGUGCAAGUGGUGGAGUUGGAUGUGGAAGUGGAGGUGGUGUCAUUUUUUAA